GAUGCCCACAUACCCGGCGGGGGACCUAAGGUGCCUGAUACGUUGAUAGUGUGUUAGCCAAAUCUCCGCUCAGACAGAAAAUGAAAGUUAUCUACAGACGAAAGGCUACAUACCAUAUAAAUACUCCGCUUCAACAAUGGCAGGGGCACGGCUACUGAAAGACCACGGGAAGGGGGCAGUAAUCUUCGGCGGCGGCUGUUGUGCGCAUGCUAGGGUGCAAAGUAGCGCUCAGAUAUUUAUUCUGUUCCAUAGGCUAUUCGUCCUCCUCUUGCCAGCCCGGAACCAGGUACCCAGUCAUUCCUAUCAUCUGUCUCAUCCUCCGCCUGCUUCUCAUCCACCGUCUUCUUCUCAUCCACCGUUUGCUUCUUAUCCACCGCCUGUUUCUCAUCCUCCGCCUGCUCCUGAUCCAACGCCUUCCUCUCCUUCACGGCCUUCUUCUCAUCCACCGGCUUCUUCUCACAUAUCGCCUGCGGUCCUCAUCCAUCGCCUUCUUCUCGUACAUCGCCUGGGUCCUCAUCCACCGCCUUCUUCUCAUCCACCGCCUUCCUCUCCUUCACCGCGUUCUUCUCAUCCACCGGCUUCUUCUCGUACAUCGCCUGAGUCCUCAUCCUUCGCCUUCUUCUCAUAAACCGCCUUCUUCUCAGCCAUCAUCGACUAAUCCCGUACCGCCUCGGGCAAUAUCAAAGACGGACUGGGCGCUGUAUUAGCCAGUCCGAAUCUGGGCAAUUGAUUCUGCUGUAAGGGGAUGAUGAUGUGGGCAAGCGAUUUUGCCGUGGACUUUCCGUCUAGCUCGUCCUGUUGUAGGAGGAUAAUA